GGAAAGGUCGGCGCUUGCCAACCGGCCUCCCGGAUGCUCAUCCUCUGCCUGUCGGUGGCCGCCGGUCUCUCGGUCGCCGUCCCCUUGUUCCGCUGGCUCAUGCGGGCGGCGGCCCCGCUCCCGGAGGCGGAGGCGGAGGCGGAGGCGGCCUCGGCCUCGGCCUCGAUGCGGGGCCGGACGGCCGUCGUCACCGGCGCCAACAGCGGCAUCGGCCGGGCGACGGCGGCGGGUCUGGCCCGGCUCCAGGCCCGGGUGAUCCUCGCCUGUCGGGACGAGGAGGCGGCGGCCCGGGCGGCCCAGCAGAUCCGGCAGCAGACGGGGGGAGCCGGGGAGCUGCUGGUCCGCAGGCUGGACCUGGCCUCGCUCAGCUCGGUCAGGAGCUUCUGUCAGCGGAUCAUCGAGGAAGAACCAAGGCUAGAUGUCCUAAUCAAUAAUGCAGGAAUCUUCCAGUGUCCUUACAUGAAAACUGAGGAUGGUUUUGAAAUGCAGUUUGGGGUGAAUCACCUGGGGCACUUUCUUCUGACCAAUCUCCUCCUCGAUCUCCUCAAACGCUCGGCCCCAAGCAGGAUAGUAGUGGUGUCCUCCAAACUCUACAAGUAUGGUGAAAUCAACUUUGAUGAUCUGAACAGUGAAAAAAGCUACAACAAAAGUUUUGGUUACAGCAGGAGCAAACUGGCCAACAUCCUGUUCACUCAUGAACUAGCCAAACAGCUGGAAGGCACCGGUGUCACUGCAAACGUGCUGCACCCAGGCAUUGUACGCACGAACCUGGGAAGACACAUCAAUAUCCCUUUACUUGGACUACCGGUUUUCAAGAUGGUGUCCUGGGCAUUCUUUAAAACACCAGAACAAGGAGCACAGACCUCACUUUACCUGGCUACUUCUCCAGAAGUUAAAGAGGUGUCGGGGAAAUAUUUUGGAGACUGCAAGCAAGAGGAAUUAUUGCCUAAAGCAAUGGAUGAUGCAGUUGCAAAGAAAUUGUGGGAUAUGAGUGAGAGAAUGGUGGGACUGAUUUAACCACUAAAGUGCUGUAAAUAUUCUGCUGGGCUAUUACCUGAAAUGCAAGCAGAUGUUUUGUCUGAAUUAUUGCCUAACUGAAUUUAAAAGUUGCUGUGUGCGUGAAAAGCAGUUGUUAUUACCAGUGAGCACUGCCCAUUUAAGUUUGCAGUUGCACGGAAUGAUGUGCUAAAGUAAUGUGUUGGAAAGUGCCAUGUUUGAUGUGACUGGUUUUCUCCAUAGGGUUCAAAAUUGCUGUUUCCUGGGGUUGUAACAAUUUACAUGGGUGUUAUUUGCCUUUUGUUAAUGAGUCCCAUUCCCCCCCAGCCAAACAUUGUAAUGAUGGAGGGUAAAGACCUCUUCCCCAAACUUAAGAACUCUGUUAAAAGGAAGGGUUAUCCUAUUAUGUAAUGGAAAUGCCUGGCCCUGUUUAAUUAAUACUUUAUUGGAGCUACCUGGCAAAUUCGACCCAUGGAACCUUCCACUGCAGCAUAAUUUAAAGGAAUUAAAUUACUUUGAAUUUUGUAGCACUUAGCAAAUAAAUACAAUUACUGAAAACUAA